AUGGGACUAUGCGGAUCAAAGGAGGUACAAAAAACGAGAACAGGAAAAUCAGCUCUCCCUCAAAACCACGCAGAAGCAGGAGCUUCCAAGCAUAAAGGACAUCGGCUGGGGGGUGCUUCAGAAAAUGAAGCAAACGGUCUAAGCGCGAAAGAGUUAGCCGCACAAGCUGCGAAAGAUCGAUUCGAACAGGAAAAGAAAAAGAACCAGAAAGGUGAGUUGGGAAAGAAACUCGCGCAAGAGAUUAAGAAAUCGUCCAAAGAUCACGCGAUGGAGAACUAUCAUAAUAGAAAUAAAGAAGAACUUGUAUACGAUUAA